AUGCCGUUCCAUCGGUAUAAUGUGCCUCUUUUGCAGCCAGCGCGGCCCUAUUCUAACAAGCCUACGAUGCCUGUGCCUGUCGUAGAGUCAGAAGGCAACGAGCCCCUCGUGUACAAUCGCCCGCAGCGACCUCGUGAAAAGCCGUGGUAUACAUCGCCUGUGAUUUAUGUCCUGGGCAUCGUGCCUCUCUUUACGCUAUGGCUUGGGUUCUGGCAAGUUCGUCGAUUGAAGUGGAAAGUGUCGUUGAUUAACGAGCUUGACGAGAAGUUGCGUCGUGCCCCACUGAAGCUUCCCAAAAAUGUGAACAUGGCAGUGUUGCGUGAUUUUGAGUUCCGCUUGUUCGAAUUGGAGGGCGAGUAUGACACGUCGCGUGUACUCUUUGUGGGCCCACGAACUCGUGAAGGUCAGAAAGGCUACAAUGUUGUCAUGCCAUUCAAGCGUCGUUCUGGAGGUGCCGAUAUCCUUGUAAGCCGUGGAUUUGUUGCAGCUGAUCAAGUGGAAGGCGAAGGUAUGAAUAAGCGUCUGAAGUACCCCUUGGACGAGACGGGUCGAACGGUUCGGAUUGUGGCGUUGAUGCCACGCAUAUACCCCCCUAGCCGCUUUGCGCUCACCAACGAGCCGCAAAACAACCUAUGGAUGCAGCUUGACCCAACGCACAUGGCUCACUGGCUCAACGAGCAGGCGGGCAUGGCCACGGCGGCCGAUGCGCCGGAAACGCCGCAAGAGUCGCGUACAGUGGCCUUCCUUCGUCGCGUUACGUCGACGCGUGAGCGUGUGCCGACAUCGCCCGAGGACGCAUUUAGCCGCUCGCAGAACGAGCCUACUCUCCCGAUUUAUAUGGAAGAAGUGUUUGAUGGCUCGUUCGCUGAAGCUGGUGUGCUGAUGCGACGAGGCCAGCCUGUGGGCCGCCCGCCCCGCAUUGAGCUGCGCAACCAGCAUGCAGAGUACGCAGCCACAUGGUUUACGUUCUCUGCGCUAUCGACCAUCAUGUUCGUGUACAUGGUUCGCAAGGGUCGUGGAACAGCCUAA